AUGGCCAAGAAGCAGGUUAAGGGUUUCAUGCGGUUCUUCUCAUUCAGUUUGCUUUGGUCUUUCUUCCAAUGGUUCUAUGCUGGUGGAGACCAAUGCAGAUUCGCUCAGUUUCCUACUUUUGGGUUGAAGAAUGACUCCAUAUUAUAG